AUGGCUAGAGGUAACCAGAGAGAAUUGGCUCGCCAAAAGAACUUAAAGAAACAGCAAGAAGCUGCAAAGCAUCAAAAGAAAGGUGAUGCCAAGAAGAGAAUGGAGUCUGAUGCUGAAAUCUUGAGACAGAAGCAAGCUGCUGCGGAUGCCAGAAAAGAAGCCGAGAGAUUAGAGAAGCUCAAAGCUGGCAAAAAAUGA